AUGGUGAUAUUACAGGUGGUGCUGCUGGCCCUGCUUCCUCAUAUGACAUGCCAGGCUCACAUAAUUAAAUGUCAUGUCCGUGAUCCACAUUCUCCAAUGCACAAGUAUCACACGUCUGGGAACCUCAUCAUUGGUGGCAUAGCUUCUCAAAGCUUCAUUGUCUCUAAUGCACUAGGCUUUACUAAAGAACCCCCACAGGCAUUGGUUGAAGAACUUGUUGUAGUAACGAAGAAUUACCAGCAUGUCCUGGCCUUGGCCUUUGCAGUGAAGGAGAUCAAUGAAAACCCUCAGCUCUUACCCAAUGUCACGUUGGCCUUCCAGAUCUAUGACAGCUAUUUCAUUGCAAAGGGGACCUAUCAUGCCACAAUGCUACUUACAUCCACCUCGGAGAGAUUUGUCCCGAACUACAAAUGUGACUUCAAGAAUAAUCUUAUAGCAGUAAUUGGGGGACUUGACCCCCUAACCUCUCUUCAUGCAGCAACAAUGUUGGAUAUCUAUAAAAUUCCACAGAUGGUCCCACAAGAAGCCCUUCAGUAUAAGGGGAUUCUCUUCUUGCUUCUGCAUUUCAGGUGGACAUGGAUUGGGCUCCUUACUAUGGAUCUUGAGAAUGGUGAAAGAUUUGUGCAAAUGGUGGUUCCAAUGUUUUCCUCUAGUGGUAUCUGCUUUGCCUUCAUAGAAAGAGUCCCCAAAAUAACUCUCAUAUCUGAAGCAAAAGACUUGUUACAACAGUGUGCAAAAAUACAUGAUAAAGUCAUGGGUAGCACAGCCAACAUAUUAGUGGCCUAUGGAGAAUCUUAUUCAAUGGUAUUUGUGAGAUGGUUUCCAUAUUUAUCAGAACAAGAAUAUAUGGCAAUUAACCCAAAAGGUUUAGUGUGGAUAAUGACAGCCCAGAUGGAGCUGACAUCUCUGGUUUAUCAAAGAACUUGGGAUACACAAAUAAUCCACGGGGCUCUGUCUUUUGCUAUUCCUUCCAAUAAGCCACCUGGAUUUCACCAGUUUCUUGAACAUAUAAACCCUUCCACCACAAAAGGUGAUUAUUUUAUCAGGGACUUCUGGCAACAGGCCUUUGCCUGUGUAUUCCCAAGUACAGUAGCAGGUGAGGUGGAUGGGGAUGUUUGCACUGGAGAGGAGAAGCUGGCAGUUCUUCCUGAACCUUUUUUUGAAAUGAGCAUGACAGGCCACAGCUACAGUAUCUACAAUGCUGUUUAUGCUGUGGCCCAUGCUGUACAUUCCAUGUUCUCAUCUAGAGGCAGACACCAACGUAUGGUGGACCAAAGUGUGCUUUCACCUCAGAAUCAGCAGUUCUGGCAGCUUCAUCACAUUUUGAGAGGCAUCUCAUUUAAUAACAGUGCUGGAGAUAAGAUUUCAUUUAACGUGAAAGGGGAGAUAGAUUCUGGGUAUGAUGUUAUUAAUUGGAUUGUUUCAUCAAACCAAUCAUUUCAUAAAGUGAAAGUUGGAAGGAUGGAUCCCCAGCAUCCUUCAGAACAAAUGUUCACCAUCAAUGAGGACGCUUUAACGUGGCACAGCUGGUUUAACCAGACAAGGCCUCUUUCUGUAUGCAGUGAGAGUUGUCGUCCUGGUUCUAGCAAAAAAGUGAAGGAGGGGAAGCCAUUUUGCUGCUAUGAUUGCAUCCCAUGUCCAGAAGGGAAGUUUUCAGACCAGAAAGAUGUGAAUGACUGUUACAUAUGUUUGGACCAAACGUAUCCAAACAAAAAACGGGAUUUCUGUAUUCUCAAGGAUGUAAGCUUCCUAUCUUAUGAAGAACCUUUGGGGAUCAGUUUAGCCUUCUUUGCUCUUUCCUUUUCUGUGGUCACUGCAUUGGUGCUAGGAGCAUUUCUGAAGCACCAUGACACUCCCAUAGUCAUAGCCAACAACCGGGGCCUCACCUACACUCUCCUCAUUUCUCUCCUGCUCUGCUUCCUUUGUGCAUUGCUGUUCAUUGACCGUCCUAAGAAGGUGACUUGUCUCCUCCGACAAACUGUCUUUGCAAUUAUCUUCUCAGUGGCUGUUUCUUGCGUAUUGGCAAAAACCAUGACUGUGGUUCUCGCUUUCAUGGCCACCAAACCAGGAUCCAAGAUAAGAAAGUGGCUGGGUAAGAGACUGUCUAGCUCCAUUGUUCUUUGCUGCUCCCUUAUCCAAGCAGGAAUUUGUGCUACAUGGCUGACAACCUCUCCCCCAUUCCCAGAUACUGACAUGCAUUCAGUGACUGAAGAAAUUUUACUGGAGUGUAAUGAAGGAUCUGUGACUAUGCUUUACAUUGCCCUGGGCUAUCUGGGCUUCCUGGCAAUUAUCAGUUUCACUGUGGCUUUCUUUGCCAGGAGGUUACCCGACAGUUUCAAUGAAGCCAAGUUCAUCACUUUCAGCAUGUUGGUCUUCUGUAGCGUAUGGCUUUCCUUUGUUCCGACCUACCUGAGCACCAAAGGAAAAUACAUGGUGGCUGUGGAAAUUUUUUCAAUGUUAGCUUCCAGUGGUGGGUUGUUGGGUUGUAUCUUUUCUCCAAAGUGUUACAUUAUUUUGUUGAGGCCUGAGCUGAACAACAGGGAACAGCUAAUGAGAAAAAAUGAAAGAACCAAAUGA